AUGCCAAAGAAACUAUCCAAGAACCCUCUUCCGCCGAGCUCCUCAACACUCUCCUCGACAUCAUCAGCUUCAGUAGCUUCCUCCCUCCUCCCAUCCUCCAUCGCCGACCCAUCUCUUCCGCUACCUAAGCUAAUCGUCUUCGACCUCGACUAUACCCUCUGGCCAUUCUGGGUAGACACCCACGUUACGCCGCCCCUCAAGCCCAAUGCGUCCCAUACAAGCGCUACAGACCGCUACGGCGAAGACUACGGCUUUUUCAGCGAUGUACCAGCUAUCCUCUACGCGCUUCCACGCGCCGGUAUAAAAAUGGGUGUCGCGUCACGAACAUGUGCGCCCAGUCUUGCGCGCGAUUUGUUAAAAAUGCUUCAUAUUACCGCGCCGGAGGGUGGUGUUAAGGAAAAGCCGAAGAAGGCGCUGGAUAUGUUUGAGGGUCUGUUGGAGAUUUAUCCGGGGUGCAAGAUCAAGCAUUUUGAGAGUUUACAGAAGAGGACGGGAAUCAAGUAUGAGGAUAUGCUGUUCUUUGAUGAUGAGGCGAGGAAUAGGGAUACGGAGAGCUUGGGGGUGACGAUGUGUCUUGUUAGAGAUGGUGUUACGUGGGAGGAACUUGAGAGGGGGAUUACGCAGUGGAGGAAUAAGAGGGGAUAUAUUAAGAGGCCUGAUGCCAUUGAGUUGGAGUAA